CUCUCAGAACAGAAACACAGACGCUUGGGUUUGCCUUGUCAGACCAUCAACCUCAUAGCACGACAUGGAUUUCAUGGAACUCCUCCUCGUUUCUCUUGGUUCAGCAAUUGUUUUCUACUAUGGAGUGAAACUUUUGCUCUUCAGUAAGAUCCUUUAUCCCAAACUGUGGUUCCCACUGCCAAAAUCAUUUUUCACCUCAAUGGGAGAGUGGGCAGUGGUGACUGGUGGGUCAGAUGGGAUAGGGAAGGCAUACGCCUUUGAGCUGGCUGCUCAGGGGAUGAACGUGGUUAUCCUAAGCAGAACAAAGGAGAAACUGGACAAGAUAGCUAAGGAGAUAGGGGAUACCACCGGGCAGAAGGUGAAAGUGAUUGUUGCAGACUUCACAGAGGAAACCGUCUUUGAUGAAAUUGAGAACAACCUCAUGGACUUGAAAAUUGGGGUUUUAGUCAAUAAUGUAGGCAUACUGCCAACCCUCAUCCCCAGCAAAUUCCUUGAAACUCCAGACCUGGAGAAGGCAAUUGUAAGGGUGAUCAACUGCAAUGUAAAAACUAUGGCCAAGAUGUGCAGAAUAACUCUUCCAGGCAUGGAAAACAGAGGAAAAGGAGUGAUUAUCAACAUUUCCUCUGGGACAGCAUGCGUUAAUGCCUCCAUAUACUCCCUCUACAGCUCAUCAAAGGUGUUUGUAGAGACAUUUUCCCAGGCACUUCAAGCUGAAUAUAAAGACAAAGGGAUUAUCAUACAGACCGUUGCACCAUUUGGGGUCUCCACUAACUUGUCAGGCUAUCAGCGGACCAACAUGGUGACUAUUACUGCAGAGGACUUUGUCAAGACCUCCCUGCAACAUAUUAGAGCUGGAGACAAAACCUAUGGCAGCGUUUGUCACGCAGUCCUGGCCUGGAUUUUACAGUCCAUACCCCAUCAGAUCCUCAGCUCUGAGGCAAUGCAGAUUCGUCUAAAGGAGUAUGUCAAGAAGAGAAUCGCCGCUGCAUCAGCCCGCACAUCCACCUCUUAGUAUCAAGGGCCACUUGUGUGUCCAAAUAAUAAUAAUAAUAAAAUCAAUCUUGUAUAACGCUUUUCUAAAACUCAAAGUUGCUUUACAAUAAACGGAGUGAAACAAGACAACAGAUAAACAUAACACAAACAUACAGGGGUGGAUGGGAAGGGAGGCUACGAGAAUGAGAAGCGGCAGCCACACACGACGCCAGCAGUACUCUCCUACUCGGACAGAUACAAAAGGGAAAGAAAAACAAACAUCAUAAAUCACAGUUGAAGUCUGAAGAGGGGAGUCCCGACCAAUGACCUGAAUGUGGGCAGCCUGCAGCAGUG